GUGUGUGUGGUUCUCGGCCCCAACAGGGCCGGUGCUGCGCCGCAAAGCUUUGAAGCAAUGCCUCUCUGCAGGGACUUGCUGUUUCAAACAAGGAAGAAGAGAAAGAAAAGCAAGAAAUCCACUCUCACAAAACACAACUCGACUUCUUUGAAGCAACAAUUAUCACCCCAACAUCAACAACAACCAGAGGAAGAAGAUACAGAAGAGGGGUUCAGCCUAAGGGCCUCUGCUCCAUCACACAAAUAUGGGGUCCAGCCACUGGGCAAUCUCUACUUCAGCCCAUCCUCCUUUAACUCCAGGAACUCAGGCCUUGGUACUCUCCAAAUCCUCACAGAUGAGCUUGUCCUUGAAAUUCUGGGGUUUUUGGAUGGUGCCCAUUUGGGUGUUUUGGCUACUGUGAGCAAAUCUUUCUAUGUUUUCACCAACCAUGAACCCCUUUGGAGGAACCUUGUUUUGGAUAAUCUAGUUGGUGGGUUUUUGUAUAAUGAGUCUUGGAAAUCUACUUAUGUAGCUGCUUUUUAUCCUUCUUUUGCUUGUGCUGGUUCUUUGGUUUUGAAUGUUAGGGACUUUUAUUCUGAUUAUCUGUUCCAAAGCUGGCUCUGUGCUAAUCUUGAAAUGAAAUCUGAAUGGCUUGAAAGGGAUAACAUAACGCGAAGGAAGGGCAUUUCGAUUGAAGACUUUGUGUUGAAUUUUGAGGAACCCAAUAGGCCAGUAUUGCUAGAAGGGUGUUUGGAUAAUUGGGUUGCAUUGGAAAAAUGGAAUAGAAAUUAUUUGAUUGAAACAUGUGGAGAUGUUAAAUUUUCGGUUGGACCAGUGGAGAUGAAGCUUGAGGAUUAUUUUAGGUACUCGGAUUUGGUAAGGGAAGAGAGGCCAUUGUAUCUUUUUGACCCGAAGUUUGGGGAGAAGGUUCCAAAAUUGGGUUUGGAGUAUGAUGUUCCAGUGUACUUUAAAGAGGACUUGUUUAGUGUUUUGGGUAAUGAAAGACCAGAUUAUAGGUGGAUUAUAAUUGGACCUGCAGGUUCUGGUUCAUCUUUCCACAUUGAUCCUAAUUCUACUUCAGCUUGGAAUGCAGUGAUCAAGGGAUCCAAGAAAUGGGUAUUGUUUCCCCCUGAAGUAGUUCCUCCUGGGGUGCAUCCAAGCCCUGAUGGUGCAGAAGUGGCAUGUCCUGUUUCAAUAGUUGAGUGGUUCAUGAACUUCUAUGGAGCAACAAAGAAAUGGAAAAAGAAACCAAUUGAGUGUGUUUGUAAGGCUGGGGAGGUGAUAUUUGUGCCUAAUGGAUGGUGGCAUUUGGUGAUCAACCUAGAAGAUUCCAUUGCCAUUACCCAAAAUUUUGUUAGUAGGAGGAACUUGUUGAACGUAUUGGAUUUUCUCAAGAAACCAAAUGCUAGCAUGCUUGUAUCUGGAACAAGGGACCGUGUGAAUUUGUACGAAAAGUUUAGGAAGGCUAUUGAGGCUACUUUCCCUGGUACUAUUGAUCAGUUGAUGUCAAAGGCUGAGGAAAAGAAAUCUCAACCGAAGAAGCUGACCUUUUGGGAAUCUGUAUCAGAUUCCAAUGUGGGUGCUUUCAAGUUUUCAUUUUAAACUGAGUCCAACUAAGGGAAAUAAUAGGAGAAGAACUAUAGUAUUUAAAUCUAUCAUUGUAACAUUGGAGAGUUUCUACUCUUUCUCCCAUUCCAAGUUGCAAACUGGGAAGGGUGAUUGAGAAACAGUUUUGACAUUGAUAGUAUCAUUGCUGUAAUUUGAUCAUUUUUUUUACAAUUUAAAUGGCAUUUUGUUCUA